CUAACGAGCCCCAUCAUCGCUCUCCGCUACCGUUGUGUUCGCUCUCCGCUAUCGUUGUCGUCAUCUUCAGCAUGUCGUCACGCGGAGGUAAUCGCGGCAAGAAGAGGGACAGCUGUGAAGGGCACACACUUGUGGCCGUUAAAAGAGGACGUCAUGUGGCAAAGAACGAGAAGGCUCUUGCAGAGGGCCCUUCGAAGGGAAGUGGUGCAAGGGAGGAAGAAUGGGCUAGGGAUUGCUAUGUCGCCGGCAAUGACGAGGACUUCGUGUCUGACAACGAACUGGAAGCCGUCAGACAAGCGUUAGUGCCAGCACAAGGGGCGGUGCGGAUUAGUGAGCCGUGCCCGCAGACUGCUCCCCAACCCCAUGGCGGGGAGGACGUUCGCAAGGGUGAUGUCAUCAUCUAUGUGGAUGCUGGUCAUGCCGCGAGGAAGGUCCAAGGCAAGGUAGCUCCGCAGACGGCGCGCGCUGGCAGGAGCAAUGCGAGGACACGUGUGACUGCGCCGCCUGAGGGGCAAGAUUCCGGAUGGGUCCAAUCAACGCCAGCUACGCCACGUGGCCAAACAGUUCCGGAGGCGGGAGGCGCUGCGAUGUGGCCGUGCAAGCAAGCGUCCAGGGAACACAGCGACAAGAUGUGGAAGCGCGACUGUAUUUGCUGGCCAUCGCCAGGAGAGUCCCCCCUCCCGACAUCUGUCGGACUAUACUCCUCCUUCACUCAAGCUGAGUCAAGCAUCCCACAACACAAAAUCAAGGACGAGUCGCAGCUGAAGGCGGAGAAAGACAGGGCCAUCACAGUGCAGAGCAUCGCCUGGCGCGUCAUCCAUGGGUGGAUCUUCAAGUCCGCAAGUUCCUCACGGGGUCACCACUCCAUGUACAAGUACGUGCUCAACCACGUGGUGACGGACAUCGUUCGUGUCAUGUGGUUUGGAGAGAACUGGCGCACGUGUGUCAGCCCCGCUGUCUGCCACAUCACACUGGAGUUGGACAUUAUGCUCCCCAUUUGGUUUGUGGGCGUGCACAUCGAGGAUAGGGACGAGGACAACGAGCUGGCAUGCUACCAAGAGGAUACCGUGCAGCGGCUGUUGGGCGCCUUCACGAGCCCCAUCACUCUGGCGGAGGGGAUCGAUGGCGGGCAUGUCUCGUAUGACAGGCAGAGGAACAUCGCCGAGGCUAUCAGGGUUCUACUCGCAGCGACAAUGUGCCUCAUGAGGAUGAGCAGGGAUGAUCUGCGUUCCCAUUUGGGCCAUUUCGAUGCAUCCUUGUUCGUUCAGCUCACCGUGAAGCCGAUGCUGGUGUCGUCCAUGCAUCGGUCGUUCGAUGCUCAUCGCCAUAUCACGGAGAGGAUGGAGAAGCCCGCCAUGACGUUGGCGGACCCACCUCUAAACAUCCCGCACUGGGCGUCCUGCGGGACACUUUUGGGCAUGAUGCCACUCUUCCGUCGCUGAUGGAUGCGAAAAGGCUGGAUUGGUGGGGGGAUUGGCUCCCCAGAGGACGAAGACGAUAGAUAAAACAGUCAGCGGGGA